AUGAGUUUGCCGCUAAACCCAAAACCAUUCCUUAAUUGCCAUACUGGUAAGCCAGUAAUGGUGAAACUGAAGUGUGGUAUGGAAUACAAGGGAUACCUGGUCUCUGUGGAUGGCUACAUGAACAUGCAACUUGCCAAUACAGAAGAGUAUAUUGAUGGGGCAUUGUUUGGACAUCUUGGAGAAGUACUAAUAAGGUGUAAUACGAGGAGUAGAAAAGGCACAAGAAGAUGA